AUGUUACCGAGCCACCUUGGCCUUGGAGAUAAAGAUAUCAUUGAUACACUUAACACUGUUCGAACUGGUGGAGACUAUGAAUGGGUAGUCUAUCACGUUGAUGCGCGUAAUGGCGACUUAGUGAAGGACGACACUGGGAACUCCGUAGGGGAUAUGGUAUACUUAAUGGACGGGAGUCAAGUGCAGUUUGCUUAUUUGCGCUAUGAGAUGGACCAGACCAAGAAAUUCCUUUCGGUCUGUUGGUGUGGCCAAGGGUCCCAAGACAAACUUAAAACCAAAUUUGUGUAUUACAGCAGAGACUGGGAAGACUUCUUGAAGAAGAACCAACACUCCAUUUCAGUGAAUAUUUCCGCUCGAAAGGAAGAAGAUGUCGAAGAGGCGGUUAUUGUAGACAAGCUGAAUAAAUCCACAGGGACGUUUGUUAGAGCAAGAAAGACUGGAGAACAAAAGGAAGAUUUACAAGGCAAAGCCAAAGGAUUUUGGACACAACAGAAGACUGUUGAUGAGAAAUAUAAGACCGAAAUGGAUCAGAAAGCUAAAGAGAGAGAAGCCGAUUUAGCAAGUUCACGAGCCGCACAAGCUCAGAAAUUGAAGAAUCAAGCCGAAGAAGAAAUGAGACAGAAAAAUGCUCAGAGAGAACAAGAAGUCAACGCCUUCAGAUCACAACAACAACAACGCGACCAAGCAGAACAACAAAGAUGGAAACAACAAGUCGAAGCGGACAAAUCCAAAUCCGCCGCUCGAAGAGAACAAGAGGUCAACGCUUAUAACCAACAACAGCAACAAAGAGACCAAGCAGAACAACAACGUUGGAAAGGAAUCGAACAACAACAUCGCCAAGACGUCCAAUCCCAUUACCAAGAGUCUGAACAACAACAAGCCGCUCCUCAAGUCAAAGGAAACGUCUCUGCGUUCAAAAACAAGUUCGCGCAGUACGCCGAAGAGUCAGAACAAGUCCCACAGAAGCCAGUGAGUUCCGGAAGAAAGUGGCAACCACCAGCUAAAGCUGCUGAGCCAGCCGCUCCAGUUCAACAAUAUGAAGAACCACAACAAGAAGUUCAACAAGAAGAAGUCCCAGUCGAACAAGAGCAAUACCAAGAAGAACCACAACAACAAGAAGAGUACCAAGAACAACCACCUCAACAACAAUACGAAGAACCUCAACAAGAACAGGCCCCAGUCGAACAAGAACAAUACCAAGAAGAAGCUCAACAAGAACCAGCACAAGGCGAUGUCUAUGUCGCAGAAUUCGAUUAUGAAGGACAACAAGAAGGUGACUUGUCUUUCAAAGAAGGCGAACAGUUGACUCUCAUCUCGACAGAAGACCCCGAAUGGCCAAUAGCGCGAAACGCUCAAGGCGUCGAGGGGAGUGUUCCUAUGAAUUACUUGGCUAAACACUAA